AUGUCAGAAGUCGUCGACAUUCACACCGAUGAUUCGUCUAAAAAGGAUAAGGACAAUAAAUAUGGUAUUGUUAUAGAUUCAGGUUCAUCUGGAUCGCGGAUUCAGGUGUAUAGGUGGAAAAAUCCAGCUGUGCUUGCUCAAUCGAGUGAUGAGACUAUUCUUCAAUCGCCUCCAAAAAUAUUCCAAGGGAAAGAUUGGACAAAGAAGAUAAGUCCCGGGAUUUCAAGCUACGGUUUAAAGGGGAAAGUUAAAAAAAUAUGGUUGAAGCAUUAUCUGGAGUUGAUGAAAUUUGCAGAGUCGAUUGUACCAGUUGAAAAGCAAGCGGAAACACCAGUUUUUGUAUUGAGCACGGCGGGGAUGAGGCUUUUACCCAAGAAAACACAAGAUGCGAUUUUAUUGGAAACUUGUAGGAGCAUCAAAAGCAAUACAAAUUUCUAUUUGCCCGACUGCAGCUCAUUUGUGCAGAUAAUCGAUGGCUCUACAGAAGGUAUCUACGGCUGGCUAGGGUUAAACUAUUUAAUGGGUCUGUUUCAAAAUUACGAUUCGAAAAAAACCACUAAUCACGAGUCGAUUGGUUUUAUGGAUAUGGGCGGCGCAUCGACGCAAAUUGCAUUUGUACCUUCUUCUCUGGAACAGAUUGAAAAACAUAAGGAAGACUUGUCAUCAGUAACAAUACGCAACAUUAAUGGGGAAACUCAGGAAUGGAAUGUUUUUGUUGCCACUUGGCUAGGGUUUGGCGCAAACGAGGCCCGCAAGAGGUAUAUCGAGCAAAUGAUUACUUUGGCGUCAGUAAAUGAAGAACUUCAUAACAACAUCAACGAUCCUUGUCUUCCAAAAGGUGCAUCCAUUACCUAUGAGUUUCAAGGAAGGCCAUACAAAAUCAGCGGAGUUGGAAAUUUCGAAAUGUGUACUAGAUCAAUUUAUCCAUUGUUGAUGAAAAGCAUCCCGUGUGAAGACGAACCCUGUCUCUUUAAUGGGAUUCACGGGCCCAAAUUGGACUUUGAAAAGGAUAAAUUUGUUGGAAUAUCCGAAUAUUGGUAUACCGCAAAUGACAUAUUUCAAAGUGGUGGCGAGUAUGACUACAAAACUUUUAACUUGAAAGCAAAGGGAUAUUGUGAAAGCAACUGGGAGCAAAUAUUGAUAAACGCAAAGAAUGGCCAGUACUCGGGGUUGGACCCAGAUAAGUUCUUGAAGGAUGCUUGUUUUAAAGCAACCUGGGUGAUGAAUGUGUUGCAUGACGGGUUUGAACUACCCAGACUCGGGAUUGAAUUGAACCGAGAGGAAAGCGGUGAUGCGGAUGUAAAUGAUGUUACAGAAAAACACGUUCCGUUUAAAUCUGCCGAGUCCGUAGGCGGCGAGGAAUUAUCAUGGACUUUAGGCAAAAUAUUGUUGUAUGCAUCAUCACAGAUUGAGCUGUCUAAUAAGGAUAGUGGUAGUAUGAAAAUUGGAAUCCAGCCCAGUGAUAUUUCAGGCAAUUCCUUUAUACCGGGUGGCACUACAAUUGGCAAAGAGUAUUUCAAUGAGGAAGAUUAUAGCGAUGAUGAAAAGGAUAGCGCUUUUGGUCAUGCGGUUUACUCGAUUUUGUUUUUUUUGUUGUUGAUUUUUUUCAUUUACAACUUCGGUAAAGGUCAUUUUGGGAAAUGGAAAAAUGGGAUUCACAGGUUUCAUUUUCCGCCAAGAGAGCUCAAGAUGCGAAUAAAUUCUGCACUUUCCAAGGUUCCAGUCUUUGGCAGAUUUCUCAAGCUUACUGGCUCGUACCAAGAGUUGGAACGAGAUAUCAACUUAGAAGAAGGAAUUGGGUUUAACGGUCAGAGUGGGUCACCAUUAAAAAAUACCGUCCCGCAUCUGUCAGUGUUGAGGACACGGCUGGCAAUUGAUAUAAACGAUGAAUACGAGUCCUCCACGCGAGUCUCUCCUGUACAAAAUGUAUCAAAUACGGCGAAUAAUUUGCAUUUUAAUCCUAGAGUCAAUAAUUUUUUGAACAAACCAUUUGUUGUUCCCAAGAAGAAUGGACAACCAUAUUAUUUUUUUUCAGAGAACAACAAUAGUAGAGAGUCACUUUCUAGAAACCCAACUGGCUCAUCCAUUGUGCGAACAAAAAGCUCUAUGGAGUAA